UUUGUGUGACUCGCCCUAUUGUGGUGGCCUGGAACUGAACCACUGUAUCUCCGAGGUACACCUGUACAGAGAAAUGCUUUGAAGGAAAUAAAACAGGGUCUUGUGAGAGAGAAGGGAUUGUGUUACCCAGGAUGGUCCUGGGAGGGAGGCUCAGGGAGCAGGUGACACUUGAACUGAAACGCCAGCCAUGAGAAGUCUCUUUCCAGGACAGUGCUCCUGGCGUCGGGAGCAGCGGGUGUGUUCAAGGAACACCUAGGAGGCCAAAGCACAGGCACCUCACAGGCCAAGGGUGAGCCUUUAAGCUUUAUUUCCACAUUUUUAGCAUUCACUCUGUUGUCGCAAGGACUAUGGAACUGAGCUGGGUGGAGGGGACCAGAAUGCUCUGUGCGCUCUGCUAGGGGCGGGUGGAGAGCAGCAUGGGGAGCUGUUGGGGUGAGAGUUUCAGGGGUUGGAUGUUAGGUGAGGAGGUGGGAGAGGGGAAAGGAGGCACUUCUUCAGCCCUGGGCCCCAAGACGCCAUCCUCCCAGCCCUGGAACAAAUCCCCUGUCCUAUACCUUCUGGCCAGGUGGCCCCUCAUGAAAGCCAUGGGCCCAGCUGGAACCUGCUGCCUAGCCUGCCCCCGGGGGAGGGGUGUUUGCCUGUUGCCAGGCACCCGGGUUCCGGCCCCUGGCACUUGCCGCCGCCAUGGUGCAGGCACAGUCUUUCCUGCUGUGGCUGCUUCUGCUAGUGAUGCCUGUCCACACCCAUGCCUGGUCACGGCCCCUGUGGUACCAGGUGGGGCUGGACUUACAGCCCUGGGGGUGCCAGCCAAAUAGCCUGGAAGGUUGUGAGGGCAGCCUGGGCUGUCCCGGCUAUUGGAUGGGCCUGGGGGUGAACCGCAUCUACCCUGUGGCAGGGGUCACGGUCACCACUGCCAUGAUGCUGAUGCUCAGCCGUGUGGUGAUGCAGUGGCGGCGCUCACAGGCUACUAAGAGUGAGCACCCACAGGUGACUGCUGACACCUGUGUGCCCUGGAAACGACGGGGCCCUGUCUCAGACCGCGCCCUGCUCCUUGGGGUCCUGCAUAUGCUGGAUGCCCUCCUGGUCCACAUCGAGGGCCACCUGCAGCAUCUAGCCACCAAGCAGCGAACCCAAAUAAAGGGGACUCCCACCUAGAGCGAGUGAGCCAACAUCUGCCUCUCUUUGCCUGGUGGCCUGUUGGGGAGGGGAUGGCCUGAGGCUCUGGGCCAGUCUCAGGCCCAUGUGUCUUGUUCUCUCCAGGCCUGUCUGGCCCCAGUGCCAUUUUCCUACUUUUAGAGCCUCAGUGCCCAGGACGGCUGGGCGGGCAGGGCCGCGGCUGGCUCACAGUGCUCCACGG